AUGAUCAUCCUUGCUGUUUACUACACGUUAGCAGAUAUUGUACUGCUAGGGCAAUGCUUCUACUACCGAGGCUUUACCCUGAAGGACGAGCCAUCCCAGCCUCCCUCUGCUGCGCAGGAUGACGCCGAGAGUUCAGCCCCGGCGUCGGAGCGAACCGCUCUCCUUUCCUCGAAGCCAAAUGGCGACUCAUAUCAAUCAAAUGGCGUCCAGGACCAAUCUAGCCAUUCCUCUUCUACCGUCCAACCACCCGUCCUUUCUGAUUAUAGAAGACACUCGGCGACGUCUUCCACGUUUCGAGACAUCCUCCAUCCCUCGGUCGACGGGACCCACCUAUCUCCAGCAACCCCGUUCAUCGAGCCUUCUCCGAAGCAGACGGCAACUGCACGCCAUGUAUCUGCCAUCCAAUCCAUUCUCUUCAACUUCUCUGCUAUCCUGCUGGUCUGUGCGGCCGGUAUACUAGGCUGGUAUGUCAGCCCGGGGUCCACCAAGAACAAGGGCGAAGAACAGCCGCCAGAUGAUACUCCCCUGUCAUUCGACACAUUAGGCCAAGUAUUUGGAUAUUUCUGUGCCGUCCUCUAUCUGGGCUCGCGCCUACCGCAGAUCCUUUUGAAUUACCGGCGCAAGUCCACCGAAGGCGUCUCCCUUCUCUUUUUCUUGUUCGCCUGUAUCGGAAAUCUGACUUACGUCCUUUCCAUCCUCGCUUACUCUCCAGUCUGUCAUGGUGGCUCACCGGAACAGACCAACCGGUGUCGUCCCGGGGAAGCCUCGGCGUUAUAUGGCCGGUAUAUUCUCGUGAACUUGUCGUGGCUGAUCGGCAGCCUGGGAACCCUGUUCCUCGACAUGUGCAUUUUUGUUCAGUUCUUCCUGUAUCAGGAUUCUGGAUACAUCGAGAAUCAACCUGCGAGUCAGGGCGAUGUGGCAGGGUAG